AAGAGAGCCGGGAAAGUUUUGGUACCAGCCUAUAGGAUUUGUUGUUAUACAAUGACAUGGCUCCUCAAAAUAGCAACAAAUCUAUCUGCAGCCGACAGAGUAGCCCAGCCUUCACCAUACGUUCACUCAGCGUCACCCGAAGCAUCACCCCACUCUCCGACAACGGGACCCUGGCUAGACGCUUACAUCGCUUUAAAGCGACCCUCUCCCCCAUUCGAGAAGAAAGAGGAAGUACCCACCGCACGGCCCGACGAACUAUCACCCAUUCAUCAAAACGCAUACAUAAACACGUCGCCUGUGGAUUGUGUAAAAAGGAUCACCGAUUAGUGACAUGUUCAAAAUUUACAAAAAUGAACAUUCACGAAAAGUUUGACGCAGUAACUAAGUAUAAGUACUGCGUCAAC